AAAGUGCUGUGUCUGUCGAGUGCACUAAAGCCUCACACAAACCUCAACCCUGACUGACUGGGGAGCAAACUGCAAUUAUAAAAUGCGUGAAUGUAUUUCUAUCCAUGUUGGCCAAGCAGGUGUCCAGAUGGGCAAUGCAUGCUGGGAAUUGUACUGCCUUGAACAUGGCAUUGAACCUAAUGGACAAAUGCCUAGUGACAAGACAGUGAGAGAUGGAGAAGACUCCUUUAACACCUUUUUCUGUGAAACAAGGGCUGGAAAACAUGUCCCUCGGGCUAUUUAUGUGGACCUGGAACCUACUGUCAUAGAUGAGGUACGCACAGGUACCUAUCGGCAGCUGUUUCAUCCUGAGCAGCUCAUUACAGGCAAAGAAGAUGCUGCCAACAACUACGCCCGUGGGCACUACACCAUCGGCAAAGAGAUCAUCGACCUGGUGCUGGACAGGACACGCAAGCUGGUACGGAGUUCAUUGGGAUUUCACUGCAAUUUCUUAAAUUUGCUAUAUAACAUUUUAUCACCUUACAUGAAACCUUCUCCCUGUCUCCUUCAGGCUGACCAGUGCACUGGCCUCCAAGGUUUCCUCAUCUUCCACAGUUUUGGUGGGGGUACUGGCUCUGGGUUCACCUCCCUCCUGAUGGAACGCCUCUCAGUUGACUAUGGAAAGAAAUCCAAGCUGGAGUUUGCGGUCUAUCCAGCUCCUCAAGUGUCCACAGCUGUGGUCGAGCCUUACAACUCCAUUCUGACCACCCAUGACACCUUGGAGCACUCUAACUGUGCCUUCAUGGUGGACAACGAAGCCAUCUAUGAUAUCUGCCGCAGGAAUCUGGACAUUGAGCGCCCAACAUACACCAACCUCAACAGGCUUAUUGGCCAGAUUGUCUCCUCCAUUACAGCCUCACUGCGCUUUGAUGGAGCACUGAAUGUGGACCUGACAGAGUUCCAGACCAAUUUGGUGCCUUAUCCCCGUAUCCACUUUCCUCUGACUACCUAUGCCCCAGUGAUCUCUGCUGAGAAGGCUUUCCAUGAGCAGCUUUCUGUCGCAGAUAUCACCAAUGCCUGCUUUGAGCCAGCCAAUCAGAUGGUGAAGUGUGACCCCCGUCACGGCAAGUACAUGGCCUGCUGUCUGCUGUACCGUGGAGACGUGGUUCCCAAAGAUGUCAACUCAGCCAUUGCCACCAUCAAGACCAAGCGCACCAUCCAGUUUGUAGACUGGUGUCCCACUGGCUUUAAAGUGGGUAUCAACUACCAGCCGCCCACUGUGGUUCCUGGAGGAGACCUGGCCAAGGUUCAGAGGGCUGUAUGCAUGCUGAGCAACACCACGGCCAUCGCUGAGGCCUGGGCUCGCCUGGACCACAAGUUUGACCUGAUGUACGCCAAGAGAGCCUUUGUCCACUGGUAUGUGGGAGAGGGUAUGGAGGAGGGAGAGUUUUCUGAAGCCCGUGAAGACAUGGCAGCCCUGGAGAAGGACUAUGAGGAGGUCGGCACCGACAGUGUGGGGGACGAAGAUGAAGAAGGAGAAGAAUACUAAUAAAGAAUUAAAGAUCAACAAUGAUAACAUUGUAAACAUUAUGCAUAUAUAGAAUUUCUGCUAUGUCUCUGCAUUACAGGAGACAUAUUUUUUUCGGUUCGCUACAUUUUAAGUAUAAAUAGGCUUUAAACUUAUUGCACAGUUCUGUUCAACAGCAGAUUAAUGAGAAAUGAAAAAUCUUCUAUACUCAUUUAUCAAUUUUUUUAUACAUAUGUAGAAUGAUAUACCUAAUAAAUCAACAAUUCAUAUUUCACAUCUGUUACUCCCUUAGUUUUGACUAAUGGCUUUUUAUUUAGUGACUAUUAAUGCUUUUGCUUAAAAAAUACUCAAAAAUGUUUAAAUUGCCUUUGUCAGUGGUAAAGGUCUGUGUAUAACAAUUGUUAGAGAAACAAAUAUCAGGGAAAAUACAGAUUUAAAGUCAUAUUUAGGCUUUAUUUAUUGACAUAUUAACAUUUUCUCACAAAUAAAAAAAAACUACAAGUAAA